AUGGGCGUCUCAGGAGUCAAGGCGGUCUUGGCCUCCAAGACAACGUUCAUCUUGAAGGCGGCAGUUACCUUUAAGGCGGCAGUCACCUUGAAGGCGGCCUUCAUCUUCAAGGCCAUAUUCAUCUAUACCGCGCUCUUUACAGGCUCUUCUUGUAUGUCCUUCUCCAAGAUGGCCUUUUACAUGUUCUGCUUGCAUAUUCUUCUUCAAGGUCUAUAUAUCUUGCAGACUACGCGUGAUACUACGCAUGCUUUCCGGCUCUUACUCGACAGCAACGACUUCUUUGCCCCCGCCCGGCCUGGUCACGGAAUCUACGUCGCCGUCAUCUGCCUGGCUCGCUUUGUUUUGCCGCCAUGGAAAGCUUUACGCCCGAAGAUGAACACGCCGGUCAAGCUCAUCCCGUCCGUGGCCACGGUCGCGCCCGACGGCGUGGCGGCGUACAAGGUCCUGACCGAGGACGGGUUGGAAGACAACGAGGAGACCGUGAUCAGACUCGCCACGAUGGCGGGGCACUCCCACCUGACCAACGGCAUGAACAUGCGCUCGUACCUCUCCACGGCCGGGCUGAAGCCCACAGCCCUCCUGAACGCGCCCACGAUCAUGACUAUGAACGAGUCUAGCGACGGGACGCCCCCUCUGCCUGAACAUUAUCGACAGCACCUCCGACACUGUCAGCGGCGGCAGCUCACUUAUCACGGCAUUUCUCAUCGUCCUCACGAGUGCUUCUCCUAUCCCUCUCCUGCUGCGCGUGCCCUGUCGAGUCUUGGGGCCUUGCCGAGCUGA